AAAUUUCCAGGAAUGUUUUUUUCAGGAGGUUGUCCUCUUUUUCGGAUCGAAAUUAUGUGAAUUCGCAAUUUUCUAUUAAGUCAGCGAAUACGACAUCCCGCCGGCGCACGGUGACUAUGGUGACGGCGACACUUAUUCGAAAAAUUGAUAAAUAUACUACUUUAGAAUCUUGCCACCUGACCGUCGACAAAUACUAACUACAGCUUAAUACGCCAAGAAAGUGAAUAAAAUUUCGCUCAUUUUGCUUCAAUGCUAGCUAUCGCGCAGUCUUCUACUUGUUCUGCCAACAGGGGAGGCUAAUAUUCCUAGCGCAUACUAAAACGAACAUCACCUGCGGUUCACCUUCUAAUCGCACAACAAAUCAAGCAAAACGUACAAUAUAUUAAUUUUGCAUAUAUAUUUUCAAGCACAUCCUGUGCGCAUAGUGUACAUGUGUGUAACCUUAUUUCUUGGACGUUUUUACACAGCGUCAAGAUUAAUGUUGAAAUGAGUAAGUGGUAUUUAUGCCUUGGGAGACGACAUCUUCGAUUCUUAGCUACAGUUGCCGCCCUUGCUUGCUUUCUUUCCCUUAUAGCGUGGAUAUUAAUAACUGAUACAAGCCUCACCAAGCAAGACGAAGGAAAAGAGCCAAGGAGAUUAUUGAUACACAAUGCGACUGACCGCUUUCCAGAUGAACUCUACCAAGGGGCGACUUUCAAGCAAAAAAUUAGAAGCAAACUGUUGGAAGAAUUUUGCGAUAAACGAGUAAAGGACUCCAAUGCUAAAAACAUAGAUUUCUCAAGGUUUAUUGUCUCGGAGAAAUAUAAGCUUGUCUUCUGCCCUCUUCCGAAAGUAUCUUGUACAGUUUGGAAAAACCUUAUGGCAGAUUUAGAGGGUGUGCAUAUUGAAAAAGAUGUUCACAGCGAAAUCAGGUAUAAACUUAACUCUCUACGGCAAUAUUCUGUGGAGGAACGAAGAAAUAUUCUCAAGACUUACACAAAGUUCAUGUUCGUAAGAGAACCAUUCGAGCGACUUUUGUCGGCAUACAGAGACUGUUUUGAGGGAUGGUACAAACGAGGUGAUGCUUUUUGGCAGCGUUAUCGCGAAAGAGUCCGAGAAUAUUUGGUCAAAAAUGGAGGUCUUAGUAUUAACGUAAAUGCUGAUAACACAACGUUUGAAGAGUUUGCAACUUACGUGGUUCUAUCGUGGAGAAACGGAGAAAAGCUUCAAAUACAUUGGCGCCAAAUGCAUGAUUCUUGUCAUCCAUGUCAGAUCAAAUUUGAUUAUGUUGGCCAUUACGAGUCCCUCUCAGACGACGCGGAGUUUAUUUUAAGUAAGGCAAAUUUACAGGAUAAGGUGCAAUUUCCACAAUGGCGACCGUCAAACACAAACGUUUUAAUGCAAAAGUAUUAUUCUAAUUUAACGUUACUUAGGAUAGCGCAACUCCAAAAUAUUUACAAAGAUGACAUGGAAAUGUUUGGGUACACAUACCCAGGACCGUUACAGCCAGUUAUUGACAAGUUAAUUAACCAUAAAUUAUAAGCAUAAUUAUAAUAAUUAUAUACCAAUGUAACGUAACACAAACAGCAGUGAUGAACAUUUAAAAACAUGCAUGUAGUGGUAGUCAGGAGCUAACAUUGUAAGAUAAUGGUUUGACACUGACUUUUUUUUGAUGGUUUGUUCAACUGACUGUAAAGUGACACAAUGGAAAAGCUUUCCUAUUAAAGUAAAAGCUUUUAACUGCUGACAUUGACAUUCAAUGCUGACUACAACUCCUGAAUAAACAAACUCUCCUUAACCUUACAAUGGCAGUCAGUUUUCCGGACGCCAAAAUGUCAAAUGGUCCCAUUUGAUGUUGUGACCAGUUGCUUUAACGCGAUCAGCAAUUAAUAGCAGAAGAGUGAUCACGUUUCGAAAGGGCCUUGAAAUGUUCCGUUUUCCAGUUGUUAAGUCUUCGUUUCGUUUUCCCAAUGUAAUAUCAAGUUCAUAAAUUGCAUGUUUUUAAAAUGUUUAUAAUCGCUGUUUGUAUUAUAUUUUUAAUCAAGUUACGAUGGUCGAAGACCAAGAGUUUACCUAUACAAAUGUAUAUCUGGAUUUAUAUGAAAACGGUGUUAGUGGAAAUUUCACCCUUUUAGUCGCAAUUUCGAUCUAAGCGUUUUAUUCCCGCCCAAAAAGAAACGCCAGCCUUUCUGUUCUUCCAUUCUCUUAUCUUCCUUCUCUUUUUUUCCCUUUCAAAUCGGAGUGAUUUUCAGGGCAUUAGGAAUCGUGAAAUUAAGGGCUUUAGUUGACUUGGUGCAAAAGAACGAAGUUUUCAUUAACAACGUUUUCAUAAGUUCAGUCAUAUAAAAAUCAUGACCAAAUCAUUGUGAACUUUUGUGUCUCAGAGUCUUGUGCAUGCCUUUACUGCGCCUUUCAAUAACAUGCGGACUCUAAAAAUCAAAGCUCAACCGACAAAUGCGUUUUUCGUUACC